AUCCCACAAAAUCACUUAGGUUUCAAGAAUUAUUAUCACUCAAUAUGAGUUCAACAAGCAGAGCAUGGGCAGCAGCAGCCAGUGUUGCAGUUGUGGAAGCAUUGAAAGAUCAAGGUAUAUGCAGAUGGAAUUAUACACUAAAAUCACUUCAAAAUCAUGUAAAAAACAAUAUCAGAUCAAUCUCUCAAGCAAAGAAGCUUUCAUCCUCCACUUCUUCCGCUUCUUCUUCAGCUAUGGUUUCUACUAAAAGACAAAAAGAGAAGGCAAAGCAGUCAGAGGAAUCUUUGAGGACAGUCAUGUAUUUGAGUUGCUGGGGUCCUAAUUAACAAAAAUGAAGGGCUCCAAUAAUUAAGUGUAGUUCUAACUUAGAUUAAGGUGUAAUUAAUGUUAAAUACCUGUGUCGAGAGGUGUUUGGUACUGUAUCUUUCUCUUCUUAAAAUGUUUGGGAUUUCUUGAAUGUAUUGUGCCAAAUUGAAAGAGAUUGAUGUAAUUAUGAUGAAUUAAUGAAGACAUCAAUAUUGAAUUUCUCUCUAAUUUCAGCUUAAUUCUGACUAUGCU